AUCAAAACAGAAGUUGCUACGCUAUGGAGAGGGGGAAGACUAGAAGUUCAAGGUCGGCGAUGUGGAGGCCAAAAUCAAAUGAUGGGUUUGAGCUCGUUUUCAGUGGCUAUGGCUCGGACUCGACAUUUUCAAGUCAAUUUCUAGACCGGAGACCAGGCGUAGAGACACAGUGGUAUGUCAUCAAGGUCCCAUACCCAGACUCAAACCCAGACCCAGAACCAGAACCAGACCCAGAACCAGACUUCGUUUCUUACUUCACUUCAUCAAAGCCCAAAAAGGCAAAGGGCAUUCACCACCCUGGACGCCUCAACCCCAUUUCUGUGGCUGACCAUCUUUACGAAAACAAGCACAGUGCAGUUCUGGCAAGGACCCAUCUGUAUUCUUUUGGUAACGUGCGGUCCUCCAUUGACGUUGACUGUCUUAUACCACACAAGGAAGUGUCAACUCUGGACGUGAACUGUGUUGCCGAUGGUUGGAAGUUUGUUCCUCCCAUGGCUUCUCCUAGAUAUUGCCCUCACACUGUCGUUCUCGAUGGCAAGUUGUACGUUUUCGGCGGUUUCGAAACGGCCUCUUCGCUACAUGGCUCUGGGUGGAUGGAGGUUUUUAACCCAAACACGAAGAAAUGGACUUCAUUGCCAAACCCUCCAACUGAAAUCAGUGAGCAUGAGAUGAUAUACGGAGUUGUUGAACCGAAAAAUGUGAUUUUUUUGAGUGAUCUUAGGUACCCAUAUGCGUUUCAGACUUACGAUGUGAAAUCUAAAGCUUGGACAGCACGCAGGAGUGCUUAUCCCUUUGAAAUAUUCUCUAAUGGGGUUCAUCCUAGAGCUACAACUGUUGGCAAUACUCUCUUCUGGGUUUCGCUCGUUUGGGACUCCUUUGAGAAUCUAGAUGGUUGUUGUGUACAUGCUUACCGUAUGGAUGAUGGUAGUGAUUCUGGUGAUGUGUAUUUCAAGGGCAGUUUCGAUAUCGACCGAAUGGUUGAGCUUGACAAUGGUGUCACUGCUAAAUACCCUCCUGGAGGUUUGCACCAUUUAGGUGAUCACAAGUUCUGUUUUCUGUUGACCACUCUCAACUAUGAACAUGGCAAAACUAGUAGUUAUGUUAAUUGUCUCAUACUCGACAUUUCUCCAACAUGUGAUGAGGAUGGUGAGGGUCACAAUAAGUUGAAUAUUUCCAUCCUGUCCAACCAUAAGUAUUCUGUGCCGAGCUACUUUACCCUCUUGGAUAGCUUGUUGCUGAAUGGCGGCCUUUAUACAUCAAAGAAGAAGAAUCCAAAGUCAUCAAAUGAAACAAGUGUAAUGUUCACUUCUUCCCAAGAUGAGAUUCAGAGGUCACACAUUGACGGCAACAACAAUAUCCUCAAGAACACAAAGGAUGCUAUUAUAACACUGCAGGGAGUUUUGGAGGGGAAGCAUGAUCAAAUUAUAGAUGAGGCACUACAUCAGUACAAGGUUUCUUCAGAUAUAUGGUGGUCUUCUCUCUACAAAAAGAUUGAAGGUCUUGUUGCAAUGAGCAAGUUAGCUCACGACAGGCGUCAACAAUCAGAAUAUGAUUUUUAGGGUAAAGCUUUAGAUUGGGACCAUGUUGAAAUGUCAAUGACAACGCCUUGAAACUUACAAUAUCUUGUUGAUUGAGAGUAGGAAUCAGUAAUAUAGACAACUAGAACUUAUAAUCAUUUCUGUAGAAUGAUAUAUGUGGCUAAUCACAAUGGGUCUUUUGAUGAUCCUUAUCUGACCCCAAGUUUUUGGUCUAA